AUGUCUCCAGCAACCGAUAAACGGUCCAUCCUGAUUACUGGAUGCUCUGAAGGUGGCGCAGGUAAUGCGUUGGCAUUGGAGUUUGCGGCCCAGGGUCUAAGAGUAUUCGCAACUGCUCGGUCUCUUAAGUCGAUGAGCAAUCUUUCAGAGAGUGGAAUUGAGACUUUCGCCCUGGACGUUACCGCUCAGGAAAGCAUUUCAGCUCUAAAAGACGAGAUUGCCAAACGCACCGGCGGGACUCUCGACAUUCUCUACAACAAUGCGGGCUCUAUGUAUGAGGCUCCCGCUAUAGAAGCCGAUCCCAGCCAAGUGAGGAAAAUGUUCGACGCCAAUGUAUUCGGUCUGUUCGACGUGGUGUCGACCUUUUCACCUCUCUUGAUCGCUGCUACAGCCCACAAGUCCAAGUCCAUGCCAACAAUCAUCAACGUCGCAUCGAUCCUUGCACGACUUCCAUUCCCCUUCGCAUCCGCAUACAACGCAACAAAAGCCGCAGUUUCCGUUUACUCCGAUACCCUACGGUUGGAACUCGCCCCUCUGGGUAUCAGAGUCGUUACGUUAUUUAUGGGCGAAGUCUCCACCAAACUUCGGUCAGCGGAUACUGUCAGCUUUGGACCUGACAGUUUGUACGCCGACGUUGAAGGAAAGGUCAAGGAGAGGACUGAGGAAAGCGCCAGAGUGUCCAUGACACCGGCCGCUUUGGCUAAGCAAGUUGUUCCCAAGGUCCUUGGUAACAAUGAUGUCAGCUACAUCUGGAAAGGCACAAAUGCUUUCAUCGUCUGGCUGCUUAAUGCUGUAGGACCUCGGAAGGUCUUCGACUCGACCAUGAUGGGGCCUGUCCAGUUUGACGAUAAGAACAUGGUGAAACGGAUAUAUGAACGUGGGCAGCGGUUUGUUGGGCUGCUGUGA